GGGGCCGGCGCCGGGGGCGGCGCGCCCUGCUGCCCGCCACGGGCCCCGGGGCGCCAGGGCGCUGAGCAACAGUUGGCCCCGUCGCUGCCCAGCAUGAAAGUGUGCCGGCGGAAGGCGCUGGCGCUGUGCCUGGGAUACGCGGUCUUGCUGGUCCUCGCCGCCCUCAACCUGCUGGAAUACAAGUGGCGGCGGGGGCUGCGGCGCUGCGGGGAGCCCCCGACGGCCCCCCGCCACCGACUCCCACCGCCCCCGCCGCCGCCGGCCGGGAGCCGUGGUCCGGCGGGCGCCCGGCGGCAGCUGGUCUAUGUCUUCACUACCUGGCGCUCGGGAUCGUCUUUCUUCGGUGAGCUCUUCAAUCAGAACCCCGAGGUCUUCUUUCUCUACGAGCCGGUGUGGCACGUCUGGCAGAAGCUGUACCCCGGGGACGCGGUCUCGCUGCAGGGGGCGGCCCGCGAUAUGCUGAGCUCCCUGUAUCGCUGCGACCUCUCCGUCUUCCAGCUCUACAGUACGGCCGGCGCCGGCAAGAACCUCACCACGAUGGGUAUCUUCGGGGCGGCCACCAACAAGGUCAUCUGCUCCUCUCCCCUCUGUCCGGCCUACCGCAAGGAGGUGGUGGGUAUGGUGGAUGAUCGGGUGUGCAAAAAGUGCCCCCCACAGCACCUCAGCCGCUUCCAGGAGGAAUGCCACAAGUAUCACACACUGGUCAUCAAGGGUGUCCGUGUCUUCGACUUGGCUGUUCUUGCCCCGCUCAUGAGGGAUCCAACCCUGGACCUCAAAGUCAUCCACCUGGUGCGAGAUCCGCGGGCCGUUGCCAGCUCCCGCAUCAGGUCCCGGCAUGGACUCAUCCGGGAGAGCCUGCAGGUGGUGAGGAGCCGGGACCCCCGCAUCCACCGCAUGCCGUUCCUUGAUGCGGGCCACAAGCUGGGUGUGAAGAAGGAGGGAGGAGGCGGCUCGGACUACCAUGCCCUCGGUGCCAUGGAGGUCAUCUGCAGCAGCAUGGCCAAGACCCUGCAGACUGCUUUGCACCCCCCUGACUGGCUCCAGGGCAACUACAUGGCCGUGCGCUAUGAGGACCUGGUGGUGGAACCCGUCAAGACCCUCCGGCAGGUGUAUGGGUUUGUCAACCUGUCGGUCAGCCCAGAGAUGGAGAAGUUUGCCCUCAACAUGACCAGUGGCCCUGGCUACUCCUCCAAACCUUUUGUGGUGUCAGCCAGGAAUGCCACUCAGGCACUGAGUGCCUGGAGGACUGCACUCAGCUACCAGCAGAUCAAGCAGGUUGAGGAGUACUGCCACCAACCCAUGGCCCUGCUAGGCUACGAGAAGGUCAGCAGCCCUGAAGAGGUGAAGGACCUCAGCAGAACGUUGCUCAGGAAGCCACGGCUAUGACGGGGCAGCUGGUGUCCAGCGACCACCGUCAGUAGUGGCUGAGCCUUGCCAGGGAGAGGAGCCGCUCCUGCUGGCUUGGGUGAGGGACGGAUCUGGGAAAAACAGCCUGGUUUCCAGUUUGCUCCAAAGACUGCUGAAGGGUAACAUACAGUACUGUGAUGGUUUCUUUUUUCUUUUCAUCCCCCCCACCACCUUGCAUUGGGUUAGAGGCGAUAAAAGGUAAUUAAGUGGAACUAAAAUACGUGUAAAGCUCCAUUCUCCUCUAAAACGCCAGGCAGUGAUUCUGUACCAAAAUACUGUUUAUGGAUUUCUGGUGGAUUUGAAGACGGUAACAAAAAAAACCCAAACCUCUUGCACAAUUCCUAACACAUCUUUAUCUCUCUUGAUGUGGAGGGGAUGCCCUUGGAAAGCCUAAUGCUGAAAAAUCAGACUUUUGUAUGAAAGCAAAUAUUCAGACGAGAUAGUAAUAAAACAAUAAAUGAUAUUCAUUUUUAUAAUUACCUCAAUUGUUUGGGAAUUAACAGUGUUUCUUAUGUACAGCUGAGGGGAAUGCUUGCUUAAAAUAGCAGCGUGGACUUUUUAAAGGGUAUGGGUGGAGGGGCUGGAGUGCAACGUUUGAUGUAUUCGAAGAUGAUGAGCUGCUCUCACAGAUGCAAGCGCAGGUCUCGCAAACGUAGCGCAGGUUUUAUGACUUAUGGCAAAGCAGAUUUCUAUUUCACUAAUGUCUUUCCUGUUGUAUUUAAGGAGUCUUUCCUGUGCUGCUGUUAUUAGUGUCCUAAAGAGUUUUAAAAUGUUCUUUUAACAUCGCAGCAGUAUUUAUUUCUGUCUUUGACAUGUAUGUCCAGGAGUUUGCUGUCAAAUAGAAGUGGAUCUACAGUGUGACAAGAAGUGCGAGGAUUUUAAACUGUCAUUUAUCAUACUGGAAAUUUUAGCAUGUGUGAAAACAAACAAAGUGAUAUAUAUUCUAUCUAUUCUAUAAUGCUAACAAUAAGAUAUGUAAGAUAGUUCUCGGCGUUGAUUGGUAACGAGCAUAACAGGGAGGCAUAGAAAAAUGAUUUAUUUUUUUCCCCCUUUGUCUAAAUAUUGGAGGGUAUAUUUAUGUACAGGGAGGGAGGAAAUGUACAGCUGCGUGUUCAUAGCUAUAAUGAAGCUUUUACAGAGUCAAUCUAUCAUUUGGUUUCAGAGCACUGGUGAGAUACUUGUUUCUCCUGAAUUGUCAUGCUCUACAAUGGAGCCAGAUGGUGGUCUGGCUCUUUCUGGGAGCUUUGCCUAGAGACUCUUGUCCCAUUGUUAAAACUUGAUUCCAAAAAAGAACCAAAAAAAAGAGAGAUUUUACUACUUCUGCUUUUAUAAUUUCCUGGAAAAAAAAAAAAGGCCUGUUCUAUUAAAGCUUAAGUGGUCUGUUGCAUGAGAAGUGCAGACACCUCAAGUAGCUUUUAAUCUUGGUGGUGUUCUGUGAUGCUUUUCGAAGGCUCAUUUUGGAACUGGAGUUUUUAAUCGACAAAAGUGGUUUUGCCAGACUGGUCUCUUAGAAGAUUCUAAGGCUUUUCUACAGGAAGUAACGUUUUACAUUGCCUAUUUGGGUGUUGUGCCUUCAGAAAAUGUGAAGAGUCUGAGUAGGUGAAACAGCAGUCUCGAUGUGUGAAAAUAAACUGCUACAAACAGGAUGCUCUUAAGUGUGUGUGUGUGUGUGUGUAUGUGUGGAUUUUUUGGUGAUGUAUAAUAUGUCAGUUCCUUGUGUUGGUACUUUAAGUUAAGCAGGUGAUAACUGGCUACUAAGUUCAUCUGAGUUCUUGAUGAAACUUUGGCAUUAGAUAUUGAACCUACUCUGAAAAGGUAACAAUAAACCAGUUAAAAGAUGA